AUGAAACACUUUCCAUAUGCAAUUCCAGAUUCACCACAAUCAAAAUAUUACGUUCAAUUAUUAUUACUAUCUCCUGCAUCACUCGGUUGUCAGUAUGGCACAUAUUGGCAGUACGGGACAAGAAAUUUUAAUGAUUUUCCAUUUCAUUGGUGGUCUAAUGCAAGUUCAUUUGAAAUAAAAAAUUAUAUAAAUUUUAAUUUUGAAAUGAUACAUUCAAAGAAUUCUUCUAUAGAUGAAGAUUAUUGGUAUGCAAAUGAAAGAUGUGAAACUGGAAGUGGUGAAAUUUUUCCAUGUCAAGAAAUUUAUUUCAAAAAAGAUACACAAAUUCCACUUCGAUUUACCGAAGUUGUUCGUCAUGGGCUGCAAGUUGUACAAGACGUCAUAAAUUAUAAAGUAAUAUCCAUGGAAAAACCGGAUGAGAAAUAUUUUGAUUUAAUACCAAGAAACUGGUCUCUUAAUUGUCAAGAUGUUAAUCUUGGACUUUUAUAUGAUCCAGAAACAACGACAAUAGAUUUAAAUCAGAGUGCGGAUAUUCAGAUCUCUCUUAGUGCUCCUCCACAUCAAAUUUACGGAAAUGAUACUGUUCGUAUUCAAUGGAAAGCAACACGAUCCAAAGAUUGUUUUAAAUGGACACCCGAAGAAUUAUAUUUUAAUACUAAAAAUUUUCAAGAAAAACAAAUAUUAACAAUAACUCGAGUUAAAAAUGGUCCACUAACAGUUUUUUAUCCUAUUUUUAAUGGUGGAGGUUUCGAUCCACUUUCAAGUGACGAUUAUCCUAUUAUUAUAACAUGA